CGAUUUUCCCCUAAAACUUCCGUUCCGUGUCCAAAUAGAACUGCUACGGUUCGCUGUGCUCAUCAAUUAAAGACUCGAAAAGAGUAAGCAGCAGUCGAUCAACAAAGAAACCAUGGCUUCCUCUUCUUCUUCCUACCCUUCUGGAGAAGACGAUGAUCAGGUUUUGGUGGAAGAGAAGGCAUUUGUGAGAACUCUGACGCUGAAUAGGACCAAGCAGCUCAAUGCACUAUCCUUUCAUAUGAUAUCUCAGCUUUUGGAUCUCUUUCUUGCCUAUGAGAAAGGUGCUGCUGUGAAGCUGAUUAUUCUUAAGGGUAAAGGAAGAGCUUUUUGUGCUGGUGGUGAUGUUGCAGCUGUGGUUCGUGAUAUUAGGGAAGGUAAAUGGAAGCUAGGCGCAGAGUUUUUCCGGAAGGAAUUCACCUUAAACUAUCUGAUGGCGACAUAUAGUAAACCCCAGGUAUCAAUCUUGAAUGGAAUUGUCAUGGGAGGUGGCGCUGGUUGUUCAGUACAUGGAAGAUUUCGCAUUGCAACAGAAAAUUCGGUUUUUGCCAUGCCAGAAACAGGUCUUGGGCUCUUCCCAGAUAUAGGCGCCUCGUAUUUUCUGUCCAGGCUCCCUGGAUUCUUUGGAGAGUAUGUUGGUCUUACUGGUGCUAGAAUGGAUGGUGCUGAAAUGCUUGCAUGUGGCCUUGCAACUCAUUUCGUGCCCGCAAAGAGGUUGCCAUUGCUGGAAGCUGCUCUUUUGAAGGUAGCUUCAACUGAUCCAGCCUUCAUUUCAGCAACAAUUCAAGAACACUCUGAGCUUCCUAAAUUGAAAGAGCACAGUGCAUAUAAGAGGUUGGACGUAAUUGAUAGGUGUUUCUCACGAAGAACUGUAGAGGAAAUUGUAUCUGCUCUUGAGAGAGAGGCCACGGGUAGGAAAGAUGAUUGGAUCUUUGCCGCCAUUGAAUCGUUGAAGAAGGCGUCCCCAACAAGCCUUAAAAUUACCCUCAGAUCGAUAAGGGAAGGAAGACUGCAAGGAGUCGGACAGUGCCUAAUUCGCGAGUACAGAAUGGUUUGCCAUGUCAUGCGCGGACAAGUCAGCAAGGAUUUCGUCGAGGGUUGCAGGGCUAUACUCUUGGACAAGGACAAGAACCCGAAGUGGGAGCCUUCGAGAUUAGAGCUUGUAAGUGAUGAGAUGGUGGACCACUACUUUACAAAGGUCAAUGAUGAAGAGUGGGAAGAGCUGAAGCUCCCACCGAGGCCGUCAAAUUUGCCUUCAUCAGCUAUUGCAAAGCUGUGAAGCUUCACUCAUGACACUGGCUUUAUAAAACCGACCCCCAUAAUCAUCUGAUGACGAGACCACAGCUCAGUGUGCAGCCGCCUCUGCUUGUAUGCGUCUAAGAUUAAGGAAUAAUAAUGGCAGUGAAUAUUAAACGAUCACAUCCAAUUGGUCAUCACAGCGGUGAGUUCAGCUUCUUGCACAUAUUUAUCUGUUUGGGGCAGGCAGCGACAAUAAAACUAUUCCGUGCAGAAUACUUGAAUGUCGAGUGAACUGUGCUAUUCAUUUUUUCAUUAAUGAAAAGCUAUGUAAAAUAAUCUUAUGCGGAGCAUGGAUAUUUAAGGUAUAAAGAUUCUCGGAUCCUUUGGGUAGAUAUAUCUACCGAUAGGAAAUUGCACCCUG